GUGUGUGGUUGUUUUCCUGUGUCUCCCCUCUCAUUCUCUGCAGGUCUCACACCAUUGGCUGUUCCUCCACCAUCGUCCAACCCCCUGUCCAAUCUGGGAGCUGUCUGUUGGCCAAUUAGUGUCGUCAGGCCUUGAUAACUUGCACCUGUUUUGUCUCCAUUGAGAGAGGCCAUUGUCUGCCUGUGUGUGGGCUGUGUGGAGCUGUUGCUUUUUGUUUGUGAGAUGCCACCGGGGUUUAGGUGAAUAGACGUAGCAAGCUAACAUCCUGGAGCCGUAACAUAUUUGGGGGCUCGUCCGGGAUCCUCAUUGUAGGACUCCACGUCGGGCUGGCUUAGAGGUGUUCGAUGCAGGUGUGCACAUAGUGUAGCUGGUUUGUGUGUAUAAGAUAGGCAGUAGUUGUUUUUGUAGGGCUCGUUAUGGAGGCUUUUGAUUUGGGUGUCUUUUUGGCUGAUCCGUCUAUGGAUCGAAUUGACAGAUGCCGGAAGGCUGAUUUAUAUGCCAUAGCGGCUCAUUUUGAGUUUCCAGUUCAGGGGACCCUGCUCAAAGCGAGACUUAAGGAGUGUGUCGUGGAUAUGCUGGUGGGCAAGGAGGUGCUUGGUGUGAAUGCGGCUUCUCCUUGUAGUGAUGAUAGGGAGGACAUGCAGGCUGGGGCAGAGGCUAAGCCACCCGCUACCUUACCACGCUUUAAUCCGUUGUCACCUACUUUAUUAAUGUCGUCUCAGGACGCCCGUCUGAAAGUAAGGUUGGCCCGCUUGCAAAUGGAGGCUGAGCGUGGAGAGAGGCAAGCUGAGCGUGAGCACCAUCUGGAGAUCCGACGGAUUGAGGCAGAGAAGGAGGUGAAACUACGGAGGUUGGAAUUGGAGGCUGCAAGUGCAGCACGUUCACCCCAAACCACCCUCUCUUCUCCACUAGCUAGCUCAUUUUGCACAUUGGAUGUGACUAAACAAAUGGCGUUGGUUCCGCAGUUCCGGGAAUCGGAAAUCGAUUCUUAUUUUGGUGUGUUUGAACGCAUCGCAGUUUCUAUGCAGUGGCCUAAAGAGGUGUGGCCCCUCUUGCUUCAGUGUAAACUAACUGGUAAAGCUCAGGAGGUGUUGGCGUCCAUUUCGUUGGCGGACAGUCUAGAUUACGAAAUUGUUAAAACCACUGUUCUUCGUGCGUAUGAGUUAGUACCUGAGGCAUAUAGACAAAAAUUUAGGAGUUGCAAAAAGUCUCCUGAUCGUACUUUCAUGGAGUUUGCUCGAGAGAAGGCCACCUUGUUUGAUCGGUGGUGCACCGCCACUAAAACUACAGAUUUUUCCUCUCUUCGAGAAUUAGUCCUGCUGGAGGAAUUCAAGAAUAGUGUAUCAGAACGUAUAGUAACAUACUUGAAUGAGCAAAAAGUGGUGUCAAUGUCCCAGGCAGCUGUAUUAGCGGACGAGUUUGUACUCACCCACAAGCCCGCUCAUUCGUUCUCUACCUCUCCAACCACUCAGUUUCGCAGGUCAGUUUCGCUACCUUUACGUUCUAGGGAGGAACGGGAGUGUUAUUAUUGUCAUGAAUUUGGCCAUUUAAUUGCUGACUGUCAGCUUCGUAUGAGAAAUCAUCCACCGCCCGUUCAACAACAAAAGGGGGUUGGGUUGAUAAGUACAGUUUCUCGCUCUGUGGCAGUUAUGCCGAAUGUGUGCAUUUCUGACCUUCCUGACCCCAGCUACAAACCAUUCAUUUUGAGUGGUCUUGUGUCACUGACCGGUGAUCCAAAGGAACAGCAAAAGGUUCAGAUUCUCCGUGACACUGGGGCGGCCCAGUCGUUUAUCCUCUCUGAUGCAGUGCCAUUGUCAGGUGAUUCAUUCUGUGGUUCCAGUGUUUUGGUUCAGGGCAUAGAGAUGGGAUUUGUGCCAGUCCCCUUGCACCUGAUACAUUUAAAAUGUGAUUUAGUCAGUGGAAUUUUCAAAGUCGGGGUAUGUCAUAACCUGCCGGUAAAAGGCGUUCAGUUUAUCAUGGGCAAUGAUAUUGCUGGAGGCAGAGUGCUGCCUAUGUUGGAGGUAUUGGACUGUCCCGAAGCUAACGCUGAGGAUGAGUUAGCCGAGAGAUUCCCUGGGAUUUUUCCGGUGGGGGCUGUUACACGGGCGCAGUCCCGACCAUUGAGUAAUGUGGUUGACCUGUCUGACUCCUUUCUUGUCCCAGUGGGGGACGUAAAUGAGGUUACUGGUUCUACCUCUGUGCCCCCUCCACAGCCUGAUAAGAACAGUGCCGUUGAGAGUGCUGGCCUUAGUCUCGACCCAUUGCCUCUACCGAUAACUCGUGAUAAGCUGGUUGCUAUGCAAAAGAUAGAUUCUACACUGGAGCAGUGUUAUGGGAAGGCUGUUACUCCGGGUGGGGAUAUCGACGGUAAGGUGGGUUACUUCCUAGAUAAUGCUCUUCUCAUGCGUAAGUGGACUUCAUCUCUUGAUUCAGAACGUGCCUGGAGUCACAGGAAAACCAAACCAGGUUAUUCCACCCGCUCCUCUCUGUCCGAUACCCGCGUUAGUGCCUGUGCCCUCGCUAGGGAAGCUCUGUCCGCCUCACAGAAGCGGAUGAAGCGUCACUUUGAUGAGAAGGCUGUCCCACGUUCACUGCAGACGGGUGACCAGGUUCUAGUUCUGCUUCCCAUUCCCGGAUCCUCCCUCUCUGCCCGUUUCUCCGGUCCUUAUUGUGUGGGACGGAAGUUGAGUGACACAGAUUAUGUGAUACAGACCCCAGAUCGGAGGCGCAAGACAAGAGUUUGCCAUGUUAACAUGCUUAAGUUGUAUCAUGCAAAAGUUACUCCUCCUGAGGACUCCGUAGAAGGGUCUACGGGUCCCACAGUCAAGUCUGCCGUUCCAGCUGUAUUGGUUCCAGGCUCCUACCAGGUUCCUGAGGGUGACGAGGAUGGAUUGGAGUUGCGGAGUGCUCCUCAGCAGACCCCUCGGUUGUUGAACUCUCGGAUGCUGUCAUCUCUGGACUCGCAUCUGGCCUAUCUGGAUGAGGAACGUAGGGCUGACAUGGUAGCCCUAAUACGUGGGUUCCCUUGUCUGUUCGGUGAUGUUCCUUCCCUGACCAACGUUUUGAAGCAUGAUAUAGAUGUGGGAGGUGCAGCACCUAUCAAGCAGCAUCCAUACCGCAUUAACGCUACGAAAAGGUUGAUCAUGUCGCAGGAGGUGUCUUAUUUAGUAGAGAAUAGUCUGGCGUCUUCGAGCUCUAGUCCUUGGAGUUCACCAUGCCUCUUGGUACCCAAGCCUGAUGGCACGUUCCGUUUCUGUACGGAUUAUAGGAAGGUGAACGCAGUCACGGUUCCUGACUCGUACCCGUUGCCGCGUAUUGAUGAUUGUGUGGACACCAUUGGGUCUGCCCGGUAUGUGACAAAGCUGGAUCUGUUAAAGGGAUAUUGGCAAGUCCCACUUACUGCUCGUGCUUCGGAGAUCUCCGCAUUUGUCACUCCAGACAAGUUUCAGCAGUACUCAGUGAUGGCGUUUGGGAUGCGGAAUGCACCUGCCACUUUCCAGCGCUUAGUGAAUAUUGUUUUAGCUGACGUCCCACACUGUGCUGCUUACCUCGAUGAUGUAGUUGUGUAUUCGUCUGAUUGGGCUGCUCAUGUAGAUACCUUGACAACAGUGUUCCAGCGUUUGGCGAGGGCUUCCUUGACGCUGAAUUUGGCAAAAUGUGAGUUUGGUAGGGCUACCGUUACUUACCUUGGUAAACAGGUUGGGGGUGGUGAGGUGCGCCCCGUGGAGGCUAAGGUGACUGCUAUCACUGCCUUCCCAGUGCCCAUCACCCGGCGUGAGCUGCGCCGCUUCUUGGGUAUGGCUGGAUUGCCAACACGCUUUCGUUUCUGUUAA